AGAAAUGCUGAUGACUUUAUUAUUUUUUGUUUCUUACAACAAUCUGAAUUUGGUCGUCGCAACGUAACAAACAGAUUUGGUGUGCAUUAAUCACUUUGCUUGCCACUCACUCUCUGCAACUUAUUUCAGAUUUUCCAACUCAAUUUACAUUUUAGGGUUUCUUUUCAGAUUCUCUGAUCCGAAUGAAAUGUCUGAGAAUAAUCACGUAGAAGAGCAGAUUCCGGAUUCAGAUCCUCAAUCAAAUGGGGUUACCGAAUCAAACAUUGAUACUAUUCAAAAUCAGGUAAAUCAUGUUGAUAUUAAAGAUGAAGUUUUGGGAGAAACUGAAGAUGGGAAAUCUGUAGAGGAUACUGCUAGAGAUGACAUGUUUGUUGAUUGCCCCGACGAGUUAAUCACAUUCGAUGGUAAGCUAAAGGAAGAAGAAGCUGUAGCUGCUGAAAAUGAAGAUGAAAAGGAGGAAGGGGAAAGUCAAAUUCUAAAUCAACAACAGAGUCAAUUUGUUGGAUUGGAUAAUGGCGUAGUGGGGGAGGUGGAACAGCUGCGCCUUAAGUUGGAGAAUGCGGUUGCUGAGAAAGAUAGUGUUGUGGAGGAAUAUCAGGAUCGUCUAUUUGCGAGGGACCGUGAGAUAGAGAAUCUAAAUGCAAAGAUUUCCCAAUUAAUGCUAUCCAAUGAGAGCUUGCAAGAUUCAACAGAAGUUCAGCUUGAAGAGGAUAGUGAUAUUGAUAAUGUGAUAGCUAAGAUGAUAUCUUCGCUUGCAACAGUUAUUAAUCAAGAGCAAGUACUGGAUAACUCUAGAAGUGGAAAAAUAGUAUAUAUCGAGGAAAGUACCCGGGUUUUGAUCGAAAAGUAUAAUCUGAUUCUUUCUGAAGUUUAUCAACUUGGGCAGUCGUGCUCUGAGGUCGGCUUGGAUAUUAGAGAGCAGGAAUAUGGGAACAUACUCACUGAUGCCCGUGGUGGGUUACUGGAGCUCAAGAGGAAGCAAGAUGAAUUGGUCGAAAAACUGUCGCAUUUAGAAGGCGAAAAUCAGAAACUGGUAGAAGAGCUUGACAAGGAAAGGGCGGUGAUAGGGACAUUGAAUGCUGAGCUUGGAAAUGUAAAAGUAGAACUUGAGCAUGAAAAGGUUAAAAGUGGUAAUACCAAAGAGAAGCUUAGUAUGGCUGUGACAAAAGGAAAGGCCUUGGUACAGCAGCGGGAUUCAUUAAAGGCAUCUUUGGCUGAUAAAUCCAGCGAGCUUGAAAAAAGUUUAAUUGAAUUGCAGGAGAAGUCAGCUGCACUAGAAGCUGCUGAAUUUAUUAAAGAGGAGUUGGCACAGAGUGAAAAUAUGGUUGCAUCCCUGAAUAAUUCAUUACAACAAAAUAAUGCAAUUUUUGAGCAAGUAGAAGAAAUAUUGUCUCAUGCUGAACUUGAUCAGCCUGAAAUGCUUGAUUUUCCAGAGAGAUUAAGAUGGCUCGUAGAUGACAGAAAUAAACUUAAGGGUGCCUUCCUGGAAUUAUGCAAAUUGAAGGAAUCUCUAUCUCUAUUGGACCUGCCAGAAUCUGUUUCAUCAUCCGACCUGGAAUCACAGAUGAACUGGCUUAUAGAUUCUUUUAGUAAGGCCCGCAAUGAUAUUUAUGUUCUACAAGAAGAAAUUUCUACAAUCAAGGAAGCAUCCGUCAACUACAUUGACCGUUUGAGUAUUUCACUUUUGUUGGAGUCACAGGAAAAAGAUUACCUUCAGUCUGAAUUAACAGAUUUAAGGUUUGAAUAUGGAGAGUUUGUUGGCAAGAACCAUCAGAACUCUUUGGAGAAGGAUCAGAUAGUGAAAAUGUUAGUUGAUUUUUCUGGUCUAAACAUGGAAGAUGAAGGAAUUGAUCAAUUUUCUUCUAACACUUCGAUGAUCAUUGAUUUAUGCUUUAAAAAAAUGAAAGGAAAGAAUGGUAACCUCUCCAGAGCAUCUCAUAUUGAUCCCGAAUUGUUUGAAAGGAUUCAAAGUCUCCUGUAUGUUAGGGAUCAAGGCUUAAAGCUCUACGAGGAUAUACUGGAAGAAGAUAUGCUAAUUAGAUCAGACGUGUCAAAUGAGUUAAAAGUGGUAUCUGACGAAAUUAUAGCACUGAAAAACGAAAGGAGUUCUCUGCUGAAAGAUCUUGAACGAUCAGAAGAGAAGACUGGCAUGCUUAGGGACAAGUUGUCCAUGGCAGUUAAGAAAGGAAAGGGAUUGGUUCAAGAUAGGGACAAUCUAAAAGGUCUUAUAAAUGAAAAGAACUCGGAGAUUGAGCGGUUGAAGGUUGAUUUGCAGAAGCAAGAAUCUGCAGUUUCUGAAUACAAGGAUGAGAUCAAUAGAUUGUCCAGUGACUUGGAAAGCAUUCCAAAGCUAGAGGGUGUUAUAAAUGAAAAGAACUCAGAGAUUGAUCAGUUGAAGGUUGAUUUGCAGAAGCAAGAGUCUGCAGUUUCUGAAUACAAGGAUGAGAUCAACAGAUUGUAUAGUGAUUUGGAAAGCAUUCCAAAGCUAGAGGCUGUUAUAAAUGAAAAGAACUCAGAGAUUGAGCAGUUGAAGGUUGAUUUGCAGAAGCAAGAAUCUGCAGUUUCUGAAUACAAGGAUGAGAUCAAUAGACUGUCCAGUGAUUUGGAAAGCAUUCCAAAGCUAGAGGCUGUUAUAAAUGAAAAGAACUCGGAGAUUGAGCAGUUGAAGGUUGAUUUGCAGAAGCAAGAAUCUGUAGUUUCUGAAUACAAGGAUGAUAUCAAUAGAUUGUCCACUGACUUGGAAAGCAUUCAUAAGCUACAGGCUGAUAUAAAUGAAAAGAACUCGGAGAUUGAGCAGUUGAAGGUUGAUUUGCAGAAGCAAGAAUCUGUAGUUUCUGAAUACAAGGAUGAGAUCAAUAGAUUGUCCAGUGAUUUGGAAAGCAUUCCAAAGCUAGAGGCUGAUCUUCUAGAAAUAAAAAGUGAAAAGAAUCAGUUUGAACAGUUCUUGUUGGAGAGCAAUAACAUGUUACAGAGAGUGAUGGAAUGCAUUGAUGGUAUUGUUCUUCCAGUUGAUCCAGUUUUUGGCGAACCUAUAGAAAAGGUGAAGUGGCUUGCUGGUUAUGUCAGUGAAUGCCAAGAUGCUAAGGUGCAUGUAGAGCAACAGUUGCAGGUAGUAAAGGAGGAGGCCAGUAUACUUGAAGCUAAAUUGGCAGAAGCCCAAGAAACUGUAAAUUCCCACGGGCAAAGAUUGUCAACUUCAGAGGGCAGUGUUUCUCAACUUGCUGAAGAAAAGGCAGAGUUAGAAUGCGAGAAAGAAAAAGUUGCGGAAGAGUUACAGAAAGUUAAAGAAAAAGUUGCUGAAGCUUGCAGUACUAGUACGUCACUUGAAGAUGCCUUAUCACAAGCAGAAAAAGAUAUUUCUGUUCUUUCUGAAGAGAAAGAGCAGGCUCAAGUAUCUAGAGUUGCUGCAGAGACAGAGUUAGAGAGAGUUAGAGAUGAAGCAGUCAACCAGACAAGAGAACUAGAAGAGGCAAGAAGAACCAUAAAGGAUCUAGAAGUUGAACUAUCUCAGGUUGAGAGUAAGGUCAAUUUAUUGACUGAAAAGUAUAAUGCUGAGCAAGAUGUCAAGGCUGAAUUGGAAAGUGAAUUGAAGAAGCUGCAAGAUGAAGCAGAAAAUAAUGCUAGCAAGUUGGUAGGUUCCUCUGCAACUAUAAAAUCACUGGAAGAUGCAUUGUUGAAGGCCCAAGAUGAUAUUUCUAUUCUAGAAGAUGCAAAUAAAAUUGCCAAACAGGAAAUAUCUUCGCUCAGUUCAAAGUUAAAUUCAUACAUGGAUGAGUUAUCUGGAAAGAAUGGCAACUUGGAGAACAAAUCCAUAGAGCUCAGUGGCUUCCUUAAUGAUCUUCAGGUUCUUAUGAAAGACGCUACUCUAUUUCUCAGGAUAAAACAAUGUUUUGAGAGGAAAUGUGAGAGCCUGAAGAAUGUGGAUCUCAUUGUGAACAAAGUAAGAAACCACAUUGCUGUGGUUUCUAAGGGUUCUGAAGGGCACCUUGAGAUGGAGGAAGAUCCACCUGUGAGAAAAUCAAUUUCAGACGGCCUUGAAAACUUUGAAGUUGAACUGGACAACGGGGAGUUUAAUGGAAUUGAUAUUGACACCUUAAUCUCAUCAUUUGGAAAGAUUGUGAAAGGAUUUCAGCUGAGAAAUAAACAUAUUGCAGAUAGGUUUGAUGAAUUUUCUGAUUCUAUUGAUGACUUUAUUUCUCCUCUCCAUGGAAAACUCAUGGAAACAGAGUCUAAUAUAAUGGCUAUUGUUGAGCACGUGGAAGUUAUGAGAGAAAAGGCAAAUAGUGUGACAAAGUUGAACGAAGAAAAGGAUAGUACCAUUGCCGCUUUAGAAAAUGAUAUCAAUUUAUUGCUGUCUGCAUGCACUGAUUCUACCAGUGAACUUCAGAAUGAAGUUCACCAUAAUCUUGGGCAACUUGGCUCCACUUUUGAGGUUGAGAAGUUAAACCAUGAAGCAGAUGAACAAGUAGCAGAUCAUAAGAACAGCAAAUAUGCAGAUGCAUCAAGAAAGUUGAUAAAUGCUUCUGGCAAAGUUCAAACUUUGAUUAAACUAUUCAAACUUAAAAGUGAGCAAGUAGAUGCAAUAGUUAGAGAUUUGCAGACCAAAUUGAACGAAACAACGUUUGAUUUUGAAUUGGCUACAGAGGAGAGAGACUUGAAUAAAGACAGAGUUUUGCUAUUGGAGUCUGAUAUUCAAUCACUCCAAAGUGCAUGCAGGGAGCUUAAGGAUAAGGCAGAGGGUUAUCAUGUUCUGGAAGAAGAAUUAAAGGAAAAAGAGGAAAAGAUUUCAUCAUUGCACAGUGCUUUGUUGGCAAAAGAAGAAGAAAGCUCCAUCCUUUCAGCAUCUCAGCUGAGUGAUAUCUUCAACAAGAUAGAUAGGAUCGAAAUCCCUAUUGUAGAGUCUGAAGAUGAUAUUGAGCCACAUGCUUCAGACCCUGUGAAGAAGCUCUUUUACAUUAUUGAUAGUGUUAGUAGGUUGCAUCAUCAAAUAAGUUCUCUGUCUCACGAUAAAAAGGAGAUGCAAUCAAUCCUCGAAACUAAGGCUCUUGAAAUUAAGGAUCUAAAGGAGGAAGUUAAACAACUCAGUAGACACUCUGAAGACUCAAAAAUGGUCAAGAAUGAACUGUCUGAACUGAUGUCUGUUUUAGAAAAAAUUAUAGAUAUUUUGGGAGCCAAUGAAUGCGUUGUAGAUAGAAAAUCUAAAGAUGUUAGAGAAUUAUUGCCACCAUUGGAAAAGCAUAUCAUUGCAAUUCUUUCAGAAUCUGAAAACUCAAAAUCCAAGGCCCAGGAGCUUGGUAUUAAAUUAGUUGGAAGUCAGAAGGUUAUUGAUGAAUUAACAACCAAGGUUAAAUCACUUGAAGAUUUGAUUCAAGAUAGGAUUGCUCAGCCAGAAAUUGUCCAGGACAGGAGCAUAUAUGAAGCACCUUCAUUGCCUGCUGGCUCUGAGAUAACUGAAGUUGAAGAGGGACCUCUUGGCAAGAAAGCAUUAUCUCCUGUCCCAUCGGCUGCUCACGUACGAAAUAUGCGAAAAGGAUCUACUGACCAUCUAGCACUUGAUAUUAACGUGGAGUCUGAUCCUUUAAUCAACAGUGCUGAUACUAAUGAUGAUAAAGGUCAUGUAUUCAAGUCUCUGAACACUUCUGGAUUCGUACCGAAACAAGGAAAGCUCAUUGCAGAUCGUAUUGAUGGAAUCUGGGUAUCUGGUAGCGGGGUUCUCAUGAGUCGUCCGAGAGCAAGAUUAGGACUCAUCGGCUAUUUGCUAAUCAUGCAUAUAUGGCUAUUGGGGACAGUAUUGUAGAAAAAACUGUGAUCUUACCAAUCUGUACUACUCAACACAAUGUCCUACAUCUGCAAAUUGUAAUGUAGAUAGAUAUAGUAACAAUGUCCUUCAGAAGCCUACCUUGUUUUUCUUUAGUCUCAUCUUCAAGCCCUCUAUUAGUUCUCUGCAAUCACAUUUUAGGGAUUCAGAGAUUCUAGUUUUCAUGUUUGGGCUCAAAUUUUUUAUGUUAUUUUAAUUGCAGCCCCUUACAUUGUAUUGUCCCUACAUUUGUUUCAAAAUUAAGGGAUGUGGUAGGUAGGAAAUAGAUAGAUGAAUUUUUUCACUUGUUAGUAUAAUAAAAAUGUAAAAUGAUUUUUAAGUGAUUCUUUUCUAUCUCAAGCAAUUAAUAAAAUAUAUUAUACUGAGAUCAA